GCCCAGGCUCAGGCUCAAGCUCAGGCUCAAGCGCAGGCACAGGCUCAGGCUGUGCAACAACAGCAGAUGCAACAGGUCGCUCUACAGCAGCAACAGGAACAACAGGCCCUCGUACCGGCGCAGAGCCCGCACAUGCAACAGGUUGCGGUAGGGGCAUCAGGUGCUCAGUGUGUAGCUACUUCAAUGGGACCCCCACAGCACACCGUUUCCAUGCAUCAGCAAGUCGCCCAACAGGGCCAGGUAAUUCAGGCCCAAGGAGGGGUCCUGGCUGCGGCUCAAACAGGAACAACCACCAUAACAACGAUGUCCCCACUGCAACAAAGUCAAGCAGCCCACCAGCAACAGAUCAGUACUGACUGGAGUCAUGGAAGAGCUGUACAAGUUAUCCAGCAGCCAAUUCAAAACCCGGCUUAUCUAUCGCAAUUGUACAACACCCAGGGGCAGCUCUUGAUGCCUGGAAACAUAAGUAAUAUUGCGUUACAUCCUAGCAUCAAUCCUUCACAAAUUCAGGUUAUUGCUAAACCUUUCCAAGGAAACCAACUAGCUCCCCACAUGCUGACAACGGCUCAAGGAAAACAAGUUUUGCAAGGCAGCCAAGCUGCUACCUUCCCAGGCUACACAACAAUUCCAACAAUACCUACUACCCAGAAUCAGCAAACAUUAGUGUUUAGCCAGCUGGGUGUAAUCAGUUCUCAACCUAACAUUCUACCCAAUCAUUCCCAAGGAAAUGGACAGGUCGCUCAACAAAAACCUCAGGAAAUGCAUAAGGUUAUGGGUGGCCAAAAAGUUCAAAUGCAAAAAGUUGCAAGUAGUACAGGCGCUGUUGCUCAAACACAACAACAAGGACAAUGUGUACAGGUUUCCCAAGCUAUGAUCGGCACACAGCCGACUGCCCAAAUUAUCAGUCCAAUACAACCUGGAGGCCAGCCAAUGCAAUUUGCUCCUUGGCAAUUUGCAGCAAAUGGUUUGCAGCAGGUAUGGACCACGAAUGGUCUACAGUCUCAGGCGUUACAGCUAACACCCAACCCCAUUUUCAUUAGAGGUACUCAGGCAGAUGGAACUCCCGGCCCAGGAAUGUUCAUUCAGCAGAACCCUCAAGCUGCUACCAUCCAAACCCAACAAAAUCAAACUAUUGCAACACAGGGAACCGUCCAACAAAUAUCGAAACCAAGACCAUCUAAUGAAAAUAUACAACCUAAACAACAAACCAAUCGUCCAUUAAAUAUAUUACCCUCGAAUGCUGCGAACAUCCGUCCUGCCAGUUCAGUCUCAACACAGACGAUUGGUGCACAAACACCUGCAUCCAUGGGCAACAAACCUGGCACCAAAAUCCGAACAAAAGCUCCCCAGAUACGAACAUCUCCUGCUCCAAAAGCCGAUGCAGCCAAUCAAACACAAAUUAAACCUUACUCGAAUAUGCAACAACAUCACAUUGUCGGAAAUAAAAUGUUGGUAAUGAAUUCGAACGGUAUGGCUAUGACACCAGGAUCUCCAAUGACUGCCGAAAAAGCUCAGCAAUUAGCUAACCAAAACAAAACUCAACAGCAACAGCAGACUCAACAACAACAAGCUGUCGUUAUGCAACAGCAGAUUCAACAGCAGCAGCAGCAGCAGCAACAACAGCAAGCUAUUCAGCAAUACCAAUUGCAGCAAGGACAACAACAGCACAUUCAACCUAAACCCAUGAUGAUACAAACGAUUCCUGCUAUCCCUUCUCAACAGCUGCAAAUGGCCGGAGAUAGACCCAUUAUGCCUGUUGUGUCCAUGUCAGCCCAAGCAAAUGCUGCCCAACAAGUUCAACAACAAAUUCAGCAACAAAACAUUAGUACCAUACAACAGGGAUUACCACUGCAAUCUAACCUUGCAGUUACACAGCAGCCAAUGCAAAUGAACAUGCAACAAUUACAGCAGUUACAGCAGAUGGCUGCUCCGGGAACAAUUAUUAGUCAGAUUCAAGCCACCCCAGCUCAACCUGCUACCAUACCGCAAGUUGCCGCCAGUCCUACACAGUUGCAACAGAUACAGUCUGGAGCGCAACAAAAUAUUGCUAUUUCCCAACCGCAACAAGUACCUUUGCCACCAACAAUAUCCCCACUUAAAGAAAGCAUUACUGAAGCCAGUGCUGCUGAUAGUGCAACACAAAAUGUCAACUCUACAGCAGAAACAACUAAAGAAACUGUGGCAGACGCCACAUCUUCUCAACCCGAACUAAAAGAGACACCAACAAACACAGACAUUAAACCCGUGCAUAACGGGGUUGAAUCCACUGUUGUUCAACCAACACCUAUUCCAGGUACUGUACCUUCUCAACCUUCUAACAUAAUAUCGGAGAAUGGCUUUCCUAUAGCAGCAACAGCAGAAGAAGUUAAAGAGAGGUGCCCACCUAAAGCCAUGGUCAAACCUCAAGUACUUACGCAUGUUAUCGAAGACUUUGUAAUACAAGAAUCCUCCGAACCAUUUCCAGUUACAAGAAGCAGUUUGCUUGGUGACAUUAAGCCUACUCAAUCAUCUAAUGAUAAAGAAUCGGACGAACCACCUCGUAAGAAACGAGCUACUUCACCAUCAUCUUACAGCAACGGAUUAAAUGGAAAAGGAGAGAUGGCCAAAUGCGAAGCAUGCGGAACGGUUGACCUUAGGGCCAAAUUUAAGAAAAACAAACGAUUUUGUUCUGUGGCCUGUUCAAAAAGUGGGAAAUAUAAAUCCGAUGACAAAAAGAAGUGGGACAAGUCUGAAAGUAUGGAAGUCGACGUGGAAUCAGGUGCCUCUGGUGCUGAAAGUAGUCUUAGUCCAAAUGCCGCUGAAGACGAUACACCAAAAAUUGACCCCAUUAAAUGGAGUGUGCAAGAGGUGUUCGAUUUCAUAAAAAAUCUCCCGGGAUGUUCGGAUUACGCGGAAGACUUCUUAAUACAAGAGAUUGAUGGACAAGCCCUUAUGUUGUUGAAGGAGGAUCAUUUAAUGACCGCCAUGGCAAUGAAAUUAGGUCCCGCGUUAAAGAUCGUCGCAAAAAUAGAUGAUAUGAGGAUUGACAAAGAGCCUCCCAAACAGAAUUAAAACAUAGUGUAAAGUGGAAAACUUAUGUAUAUGAAAUAUUUAUCUCAUUUUUCAAGACUGUUAAGAAUCUGACUUUGAUUUAAAACCGGUGGUGUAUUACAUUGUUCGUUUUAUCGGAGUAAGAGACUAGAUUAUUAAUUUAAAAAAAAUUGUUUAUUCGUAUUCUGUAAAUAUUUGUACAUUACAACUUUUAUAUUAAAGUAGUUUUAAUUGUACAGAAAAGCUGUCUUAAGUUUAUAUAAAUAGUAGCAAAUGUUUUGAUGUAAUCAAAGUAUCGAUAAAAACUUAAAGUUACUGUGUAGCGCCACAGUAGUUUAUAAAUUUACUGCGACAUACUAAUUUAUUAUUCUUGUGCAAUGUUUAUUUACGAAAUCAAUGUUAGUUUCUAAUAUAGAUAUUAUCCGAUGAUAUUUGUUGCUAUUAUACUGCCACUAAUGAUAAUAAAAUUUGUAAUUUCUA